AUGACUCUUCUUUCAUCAUCAGAGAGAGUAUCUGAUACUUCAAUCAGACCUUCAACACAGCUGAUUGAGGGGAACUCUGUCAACCUGACCUGUGAUGGUGUUGGCUCCAUCUUUACCAGAGAGUGGAUGAAGGACGGCUCAUCAUUGACUCAGACUGACAACAUGAUACUUUACGAUACAAACAGAGUGUUGUCUUUUCUCUCUCUGAAGAAAACAGACAGUGGAGAAUAUGUGUGUAAAAUCAGCAACCCCUUCAGCAAUGAUGAAGCUAAAUACAACAUGAUUGUUAACUAUGGACCAGAAAAUGUUCAAAUCACAGGACCAAGUGAGAUAAACGUGAAACAGACCUUAACAUUAACCUGCUCUGCUGCGUCUACACCAUCUGCCAGUUACACCUGGUUACUGAACGGGAUAAAUAUAUUAUACAACUCUGCUGUGUUCACUAAAAACACGACUGAACUGUCUGACAGUGGCAACUACACCUGUCAAGCACUGAAUGAAAUAACUGGGAGAACAUCAUCUGCAGUUCAUCGAUUGUCUGUAACAGAGAAGACAACAUCUACAUGUUCUGCUGGAUGCAUUGCUGGAAUAGUAAUCACAUGUUUUGUUAUCUGUGGAGCUGCUGCUGGAGGAUACUUCAUUUAUAAAAAACAGUAAGUGGUGAAUAGCUUUGAGAUAUAAAGAGGCAGCAUUUGUCUUCUUU